ACAGAGAAAUAUAAACACCGGUAUGGCAGCCAAUCAACAACUGUACUUGUUAGAAUUAUUAAUUGAUCAAGUAUCGAUAUUCCCAGCCGCAGACGAAGAACCGCAAGCUCCAAAUAACAAGUUCAUUAUAUUGGUGAAUUUUGGACCAAAAUAUAAAUUUAUCAUCAAAGAGAGUUUUCUCCUAGAUAACUUGGAGAGAAAAGAUGACAUCCAAGAAAGUGACCAGACAGGUCGGGCUAAAUGGACGAGAAGAAUAAGAGUUGGCAGAUCAUAUUUGUUUCCAUCAUAUCCCGAUUUGGUAAUAAAUGAGUUAAGCAAAUUUCCGUUAGAAAUUGAAAUGUGGAACGACGAUCAGACUGAAAACCAGAUAUUUGUUGCAUUCGGCAAAGUUCUUUGGUCUAAUGAAUUUUAUGAAUUCCUUCAGGACACUUCACACACACACAACCUUUACUACCCGCUAACGAUCAAAUCAUCUGCAGCGCUAUCGGCAGAAUGUUGCUGCAGAAUGUGCGCUGAAAUCACGUUUAUCAUGAGAAUCAGCCCUCUAGGUACAAGUGUUAUCACGGAAUUUCAAGAGCUUGCUACCGACCCCCAUUAUUUUGUCUUUCGAACUAAUAAGUCGCCGAUGUUUAUAAAAUGUGCACGUAUUGAAGGUGAUGACCCCAACUUCUGUAUGGCAGGUACCUGUUACGAAUCUUGUACUUUGGAAGACCCAGAUGUAGUAGAAAAUGCCUAUAAGAGGAUUGAAGUAUGUACUGAAUUAGACAGUUGCGGUGCCAAGGGUAUUGCUGGGCUAGACUAUGCAUGCAAGCUUACAAGUAAUGACCAACCACAUUCAUAUCCUCUUGCUACGAUAAAGAUGGGAGAUAUUAGAGGUCCAUGUGGGAACACAAAUUGUAUUCUAGCGCACAAAAUUAAAGGCUACCUGCGAGGUUUAGAAGCGUAUAAAAAAGCAACUGAAGGUAAAGAUCUCCCAGCUAAAGAGGAAAACCUGAAGAAUAAACCUUGCGGUCAAUGUACAUGUAAAGAUGAACGUUGGCAUCGCAGUACUUGCUCUGACGGUGGUCCCCAGAAAAAAAUAUGCCCUAAUUGUGGUGGUGUCGCUCCAUCUGGUGAGACUUGUAAAGAUAAACUAGAUAAACUGAACACUCAAAAUACAAAUCAAGUUAAUUAUAUGGUUGACGUAACUUUGGAAAAUCCCGACCUAAUUGAGUCUUUAUUCGGACCAAACUUCACAGUGAGGACUUGUCAAGUACAGCAUUCUCCAUCAAAUGGUGAACUUAAAUCAGUCGUCAAGCCGAUUAUUAAGGUCUGUAGUUCUUCUUUGACUACAUUAUCAGAGCCGGAUCCGCCUUAUGCUCAAUCAUCAAUACGGGGAUGUGUUUUUAAUAUCUACAACUUUGAUGUAUCGACUAGCAAAGGACAGACAAUUAAUAAUUUCUGCACAGACAUACCCGACGAUGGGGAAUGUAAUUGUAAGCCACCUAAGCCAACUGCACCAUGUAAAACGUUCGAUUGCGAAUGUUUAAUAAAAACACAGCUAAAAGACACCAGGAAACAUCAUAAGCCGUAUUGUCCAUCUUAUAAACAUAUAGAUAAAUGCCCAGUGAUAAAGUCGGUUGAAGAAGAGGGUGCUGGUGAAGAUGAAGAAGAAGCUCCUGAGGCUCUUCCUUACGGGUUGCCCCCUAUACAGUUGGGUCCUUGUCCUGUAAUGGGGCGACCGUGCACUGUACCCGAUGGUUUUGCCCGCAUGUAUAGGGUUGGCUCGUUGCCAGAGCUGCCUCCAAGUUAUAGUGAAGCAGGAAAGGUAUGCUGCUCCAAAGAGUUCGAGAGAAUAAAGAAAGUACUGAAAGAAUAUAUGAUUACCCACAAAGAUAAUGAUUACCGAUGCUUAAAUCAAUGGUAUAUGGAUACUGAAACAAGAUGUUGCGACAAAGAGCAACGUUUGUUAACUCUUGUUGGCAAAUCUUGCUGCGGAUCACAUAAAGUUGCCUUAAAUGAAAAGUGCGAAAAAGAAAAAAAACCUUGACACUGUUAUAUUAAGAUUUUAUUUUGUAACCCUGUA